ACUGAUACGUCCAGUCGUCAGUCUUAAUCAUAACACAGAACAAUUAACACAAAUUGACUCGUGUUAAGUUUCAUAUUGUGCUAACUUGUGCUUAUGUUUGGUGUGAAAAAGUUGAUUAUUUUAGUGCUUGCUUUAAUAUUGAGGAACAAAAUGAAGUCACUGCUGGUGAUAUGCGCGUUGGCGUUCCUGUGCGGUGUGCUCGCCAAGAACAAGACUGAUGGCAAGGUGAAGAUCGCCGUGUACUACGAGUCUCUGUGCCCGGACAGCAAGAAGUUCAUCACGGGCCAGCUGGCGCCGGUGUGGCGCGACAUGCGCGGACUGCUCAAGGUCAAGCUGGUGCCCUACGGCAAGAGCACGCGUGACAAGAUCAACGAGAAAUGGGAGUUCAACUGCCACCACGGCGCUGAGGAGUGCUACGGCAAUAAGGUACAAGCGUGCAUCCUGAAGGACCGCAAGCUGCAGGACACGGAGAAGAUGGACCUGGUGAUCUGCCUGAUGGGCCAGACCAACCCCGAUAAGUCCCUUGACACAUGUCUGGAGCAAGUGGGCAAGUCGGCGGAGAGCAGCAAGCUCAAGAAGUGCGCGGACGGCGCGCAGGGCGACUCUCUGCUGGCCUCGUACGGGGACAAGAGCGACCUCGUGCAGCGCCCGCUAGCCUUCGUGCCCACUGUCAUCAUCAACGAGAAAUUCGACCAAGCGCUCCAAGAUGAGUCGAUGACGAACCUCAAAACGGUGGUGUGCCGCGUCGCCCCCAACAAGCCCUCCAUAUGUAAUUAAGUUCAAUCAUAUUUUGUAAUAAUUGAACGUGGAAGAACACGAUAACUAGCAGUAAAAAAAAUCUUGCAUAAAUGGUGGCUUCUGCGCCGGAAUAAUCAUUUGAAAUAAAAAAAACUGUGCAUUCUAUGUGUAGCCAUAUAUUAGCCA